AUGGAUAAAUAUGAAACCACAGCAAAGUACAACAUAGCCGAGACAUGCUGUGCCAGCAUCUCAAUCGACGAGCUCGUCAGCUUCUCCGAGAAAGAUGGUGUCAAGGCGACCGACAUCAUCGACUUCUCCGCCAUUCAAAACUAUGGCGAAAUUCGAGGGAGCGCUUCGCUGCGUGGCCACCUCAGUAGACUGUACUCGAGCAAAGUAGGCACACCUCUCCCCGUCGACAACAUCCUGAUUCAGCCUGGGGCGAUAUCAGCCAACUUCCUCGUGUUCAAUGCACUACUGUCACCAGGUGACCACGUAGUCUGCCACUAUCCGACAUAUCAGCAGCUGUACAGCGUACCAGCCUCCCUCGGGGCAGAUGUCAGCUUAUGGAAAUCCAAGCCCGAUAACAAAUGGCUACCUGACUUUGACGAGUUCAAAUCGCUGGUCAACGAAAAGACAAAGCUGAUCGUUUUGAACAAUCCGCAAAACCCAACAGGCCAGAUUCUGCCAAAGUCACUCCUCCACAAGAUCAUCGAAUUUGCAGAAAGCAACAACAUCAUCGUAAUGUCAGACGAGGUCUACCGACCUCUCUUCCACGGCACCACACCAAUGGAUGCCGAAUUCCCACCUUCAAUUCUGUCUCUUGGAUACAAGAACACGAUUGCAACUGGCAGCAUGUCUAAAGCCUACGCCCUAGCUGGCAUACGAACAGGCUGGGUAGCAAGUCGAAAUGCCGACAUUAUCGAGCAAUGUGCUGUCGCUAGAGACUAUACAACCAUCUCAGUGAGCCAAUUAGAUCAACAGGUCGCUGCCUUCGCACUCUCACCAGAGACUAUCCACAGAUUACUCUCUCGCAAUAUCCAAUUGGCGAAGACGAAUCUCGAAUUACUGGAGCGUUUCGUGAUCAAACAUGAUGAGUACUGCUCCUGGACGAAGCCUGUGGCAGGUACUACAGCUUUUAUCAAGUUCGAACGAGAUGGCAAGCCGGUUGACGCCAAGGUCUUCUGUGAGACAGUACAGGAGAAGACUGGUGUGAUGUUCCUACCUGGUGAUUUUGGAUUUGGUGAGGAGUGGAAGGGAUAUGUCCGUGUAGGAUAUGCGAACAAGACGGAGAUAGUCAAAGACGGGUUGGAGGAGUUGAGAAAGUUCAUGCGGAAGGAGUAUGAUGAUUUGCCUGUCUGCGACUGA